GCACAAGGGUCCGGUGUUAGCUGCCAGCAACUGAGGUGUUGCAUUGUCUUGUGUUGGAGCCAAGUCUUGACAAUAGACCAUCUUUGCUCUCGGUCCAGGGAUUGUCCCAUUUAACCUCCGAGACAGAGACAGAGGGAAAAGUUCACCUCUCCAGACUAGAACAAGGCAAAAACAUGACUGAAAACUCCACCCCAGUGCCAGCUAAAGCCAAGAAGACGAGGGUGGCCAAGAAGGCGUCUGACCACCCCAAGUACACCGACAUGAUCAUGGCCGCCAUCAAAGCCCUGAACAACCGCAGUGGUGUAUCCAGGCAAGCCGUCCAAGCCUACAUCAAGAGAGAAUACAGCGUGGGGGAGAACGCCGACUACCAGGUCAAGGCGACUCUGAAGAAGCUGGUGGUCAACGAUGUCAUCAAGCAGGUCAAGGGGCUGGGGGCCUCCGGCUCCUUCCGGCUGGCCAAGGCGGACGAGCCCAAGAGGGUGGCCAAGAAGGUGACCAAAGCGCCGAAGAAGAGCGUGUCGCCCAGGAAGGCGGUGGUUGCCAGGAAAGCGGUGAAGGCGGUGCCGAAGACCAAGAAGCCCAAAGUGGAGAAGAAGAAGCCCAAGACGCCGAAGAAGAAAGCGGCCGCGCCCAAGAAGUCAAAGAAAACGAAGGUGGUGGUCAAGUCUAAGCCCAAGGCGAAGAAACCACCCGCACGCAAGACACAGAAGAAAUCCAAGAAGUGAUCCCGACCCCGCCACUUGUGUCUGAAACCUUCAGAAACUUUUGUGUACAUACUGUUUAAAAAAAAAAAAAAGUGUUUCUUGACUUUAGUAAGGAGACUUUUUUUAAUUUUGUCAGGAACUUGUGUCUUGCCAUUUAAAACAAAAAAUCCCAAAUGUGUAUGCGAUGCGGUAACUGUAUUGGAGCUGGUGAUUCUGGGACUGUAAAUGGGGAAUGGAAAUGUACAUUGCUGUGACUGGCUUGUCUUUACCCUUUAGGCUCUCGGCCCGUCGGUGAGAGAGAGGACAGACAGUAGGAUGUAUGUGCCUGCAUGCUUGUAGCUUCUAACCCCAGUGGCGAUAGUUGUUACAAGCCCCGUCUUUACUGAGGAAACAAAGCCAGCUCUCAAACCCUGGGCAACACUGAGCAUUCACAACAAGGUCAACAUUCAUUUCCAAAUUACUUCGUAUUAGACUUUUUUAAAUCAAUGCCUGGAGCUGCUCUUCCGAGUUUCCAGGGGAUUCUGCAGUGUUGUUGUGUGUGUUUUUUCCCAGUGUUGCAGUGUAAAUAUUUAAAGAUGUUUUUUUUUAAAGAGGAUUCCCCCCACCUGAAUGCUAACCGUUUAAGACGUCUGACAUUUAACAGGUAGACUAAAGUGCUGGGGAAACUCAGCGGGCGAGGCAGCAUCUAUGGAGCGAAGGAAAUAGGCAACCUAAGAGGUAUCGGUCUUUCCUUCGGGUGUGAGAGAGGUUCUUGCCAGAUGAUACUCUAACCAGAUGACGGGGCCCUUUUUUUUUUAACCGAUUGCAACAGGAAUAACGGCGGUGAAAAUGUUUUUUUUCCCCAUAAAUGUGGAGGUCAGCUACUAUCCCAGGCUUCCCGGACACACACUAGUCCGAUCCUUGGGACCCCCGGAGGCAUUCCCUGUAGAGAGAGGCCAAACUGGAAAUAGCAGCAGUCACAAGUUAGUUACUCGACAAAGCAUGCAGGAUCCAAAAAAAAAAAACACAGAC